AUGCGGCCUGCGGGGCCCGGGCAACCGCGCGUUUCGCAGGCGGAGCGGGUAGCCGCCCUGCGCGAGAUGCUCGCCAGCGGCAAGAUCCUCAAGGGGCCGUGCUGCCACGACGCGCUGUCCGCCCGCCUCAUCGAGCGCGCCGGCUUCGACUUCGCCUUCAUGUCCGGCUUCUGCACCUCCGCGGCCCGCCUCGGCGCCCCUGACACGGGCCUCAUCAGCUACUACGAGAUGGUCGACCAGGCGCGCUACAUCGUCGAGGCCACGCGGGCGCUCCCCGUCAUCGGCGACGGCGACACGGGCUACGGCAACGCGGUCAACGUGCGGCGCACCGUGCAGGGCUACGCGCAGGCCGGGCUUGCGGGCGUGCUCGUCGAGGACCAGGUGGCGCCCAAGAGCUGCGGCCACGUGCGGGGCAAGAGGGUGUGCAGCCGCGAAGAGGCGGUGGCGCGGGUGCGCGCGGCGUGCGACGCGCGGGACGAGGGCGGGGCGGACAUCGUGGUGGUGGCGCGCACGGACGCGCGGCAGGCUGUGUCGCUGGAGGAGGCGCUGUGGCGCACGCGGGCCUUCGCGGAGGCCGGCGCGGACGUGCUGUUCGUCGACGCGCUCGAGAGCGAGGAGGAAAUGCGGCGCUUCUGCGAGGAGGGGUCCGCGGGGGAGUGGGCCGGCGUGCCGAAGAUGGCAAACAUGCUCGAGGGCGGCAAGACGCCGAUUCUCGCGGCGCCGGAGCUCGAGGAGAUGGGCUUCUCGCUCGUCGCGUACCCGCUCACGGUGCUCAACGUGGCGAUCGACGCCAUGGAGAAGGCGCUGGCGAGCCUGGCGCAGGGGGAGAUCCCCCCACAGCCGUCCUUCACGCACAUGAAGGGCGCCGUGGGGUUCGACGAGUACUUCCAGCUGUCCGACCACUACGCCGUGCCGCCCGAGGCCACGCUGCCGUACCCGUACUGCGAGCAGGCUGCGGCUGCGUCGGGUGCUGAGUUGGACGCAGACAACGAGGACGAGGAGCCCGGGACGACGUCGCUGGACGAGGGCUACGCCGAGGGGUCGGAGAGCGGCGGGAACGACUCCGCGGAUGCCGCCGGCGUCCGGCCCGAGGCGAUCGACCCCGUCGUGAUUCCCGCGGACGACGACGACGACGACCGCCCGCGCGCGCGCCAGCAGUACGCCCCGAACGACUCGACGCGCGACCUGGCCGGGCGGGACACGGGCCGGAGCUCCCAGGGCUCCUCCUCGUUCGCGAGCAAGCUGCAGACCGUCCGCAUCCGCGUGGUGGGGCGCGACGGCGACGUCAAGAUCGAGACCACGCUGCCCGUGGGGCUGCUCGCGGGCGUCGAGGGCUUCAUCCCGCAGCUCCAGGGCGUCGACCUCGAGAGCCUCAUCGGGCAGAUGACGGGCAAGGAGGGCCCGCGGGACCGCAGCAAGCCGGUGGUGGACUUCGACGUGGACGGGUCCGGGGACCGCGUGCAGGUGUUCCUGCAGUGA